AUGUCGGAGAUGUCGGACAAACUUGAGACUCCGCAGCGCCGCGGUAAUCCUCAAAUGUCGAGGCUGAAAGCGUUGAAGAAGAAAAAGACCAAGAAAACGACGCCACGUUCGAAAAGAAAGUCACCCGGUGAAAAGAAAGUCAUAGUAACAAGUAAAGAUAAGAAAGGAAAUGGAAAAAUCGGUUCAGAGCUUGCUGUAUCGUUAUCCAAUUCCGAAGAACAAGAGGAUAAAAAACAAAGCAACGCCGAAAAUGCGUCCGACAUGAACAUUGCGAACAAGCCUUUCAUAUGGAAAGACAAUCGCGAAAAUGAGUUGGAGAUCCGUCUAGAAAAACUGAAUAAAAUUUUGUCAGAAAUCAAGGAGGAAAAGAUUCAAAAAAUAAGAGAAAGUGUGUCAAAAUGGGAAGCAAAAUACGAAAGACGGCUAAUGGAUCUGGAACUAUCGAUGUUGAACUUUGAGAAGAGAUGCAGGUACGACAAAGCCGAGCUGAACGAACAGAUUAGUCGCGUUGAAGAAAUGUCAGACAUGAAUACCGUGAUGAGGCAACGCAUUGAGAAAAGAUUAAUAGCGCAUGGAGUUGCGACACAAUCGGAACAUACUAAGCAGAAGAUCCUCACAGUGACUCUCAACAUGCUACGAGGAAUACUUUAUUAUGCGGCUCAAAUACGAGAUGCUUUCACGCCCAGAAAUCCGAAUUUCGUAAAAACAGACGACGAUAGUUCAACGAUGAGCAGCAUACAACCAAAAGAAGGAAACUUAACCUCGGGCGCUGUUGCGGUGCCAAGAGAAGACAGUUCAACCUCAAGUACUCCAAGGAAAGAAAAAGAAGACCUUUCAACACUGUGGCCAGUUGAAAAACCAAGUGAAGAAGGUUUAAAUGUAGCUGCAGCUGCAAAUAAGAAGCAAUGCACUUCAAUAACUCGUACUACUACAAAAUCAAAAGAAAAUGAUUUAUCAUCAAGCCCUGCCACAGAUCCCAAGGAAUAUAGCCAGGUAGCGAUAACUAGGUCGAAAUCAAGUGACGAUGUUUCAUUGCUAAACACUGAUUCAAAACGAAAGGAAGAUGCCUCAACUACUGGCACUUCUUCAAUGAAAGAAAGGCAUGCAUUAUCGCCAAACAUCACUUUAACACCGAAAGAUAGUUCAGUUAAAACAGCUAAGGAAUAG